AUGGGGUUCGAGGAACUUGGCUACUCUCCCAAUGAUCCCAUCUUCUCAAUGCGAUUAUUGAUGGUCAAGAUCCAGCAGGACAUGAUCAUGCUCGAGAAUCAGAUACCGCUCUCCAUACUUGACCUGCUACUCGGUCUCCAGCUCGGCGUGCUCAUCCCGGGGCUCGUGGCCAGGCUGUCGAUGCAGUUCUUUGACUCUCUGCACCCAAACUUUAGUGGCGAAUGGAUAUUCAACCGGUCGUCCAACCUUGGCAGGCUCCAUUGCCUCGGAGUGUUUUGGCAAAGCAUGCUGCCGUUCAACUCAACGCGGUCCGAGGCCAAGCAACAGCCGCGGAGCUGGAAACUGUUCAUUCGCUGCUUGACCGAGCUCCGAGAUGCCAGGAUCAAGAUCAGGUUGACAUAUACGGACAACUGGGGGGACAUCAGGUUCAGGGACAGGAUCCUCUGGAUCCCCCAGCUUGUUAUCCACGAUGGGACGAGGUCGCUCUUCCUCAACCUAAUAGCCUUCGAGCAGUGUCACUUCAAUUGCAGCAACUAUGUCACCUCGUAUGUAGUCUUUAUGCACAACUUGAUCAAAUCUCCUGAGGACGUCCGGUACCUCCGCAACAAGAGGAUCAUCAUGCACUGCCUUGGGAGCGAUGCUGAGGUCGUUGACCUCUUCAACGAGCUUAGCCAAAAGGUGGCCUUGGACAUUGAAGAUAGUUAUCUCUAUGAUCUGUCUACAGAAGUGGAACUGCGGUGCUUUAAUUGGUAUUCCCGGAUAGAGUCUCUUCAGAUUAAAUGUAAGAAGUGGAAAGCCAUUCUCAAGCACAAGUACUUCGACAGUCCCUGGUCAAUCAUUUCCUUAAUUGCUGCCUUCAUAUUGCUUGUGCUUACUUUCAUACAAUCCCUCUAUGCAGUCUAUGGCUACUAUAAGGUGGGUUAUUGA